UCAGUGCUUUGCUGCCGAUCCACUGUAGUUACAGCUGACAUUUCUGCCGCCGCUUCCCUGUCCCUCUGCAGCUGCGUCGCGCUUUUCGCCCUGAUUUUAUUUAUGAACAUUAUUUCUCGCCAGCGUGUUUUGUUUCAGCCAUCCUUCCUACGCUUCGCUGCAGCGCUGCUAUAGUGUCAUACAGAUAAAUAAGGAAGUCUUUGCGGGAAAAUACCGAACCGAGAAGCUCGUUUCAGUCGACGCUGAUUUGAAAGAAGACAUUUGAUCUGUUUGGACUGAUAACAGUGAGACAGCGAGCAAAGACAUGCAGCGGAGAGGUCAGUGAGGAUGACAACAGAGGCAACAGAGACGGAGGGAUGAGAAGCAGACUCAAGUAAGAGGAGGAAGCAGGACUCCAAAGUGCCUACAUUACGGUUUUGUCCUACAGCAGGAGAGAGGGCUCAGUGUGCGUUUGGCCUUGAAUGGAGGCUAUAUUUUGUCCUGACAGCCACAAAGUCAUCCAUCCCACGUUGCUGAGCUGCAGUCCCCACAUACCCAGAGCCGAGCUGAAGCUUUGCCUCGUCAUUACAAGGACACUACGGGUGUAAGGUUCUGCUUUUUCCUCUCUGUCUGUCUGUCAGAGAAUAACAACUACAACAGAGCUGCGGCGACUUCCUCUGCUCUCACCAUGUUGACAUAAAUGUAGAGAUGCAUCUGAGCGGACCAUGGUGAUGCUUUCUGAACGUUUUUCUUUCUUUCUCUUGAGACAGAGCUGGUCUCUGCUCCCAGUUAACCCCUGCUAUCUCACCCAGUAAAACUUCAGCUGACAGUUUUCCCAGGAACAGCUAAUAAACAUCCCCCAAAAUACUCCAGUCUGAAGGGACUUGCUACCUAUUUGCUCUGAAGGAAAAAUAUUUUUGCUUUUUUUUCCCCCAAGGGGAUUUUUUUCUCUCUCUCUCUCUCUUGAAUCACUAUUAGUCAGCCCUGCUCGCAUUAGACCAUUUUUUUCCAUCCACUCGCUCCCACCCCUUGCUCAGUGUCUGUGAGCAUCUCAGAUGGCUGUCAGCAUGACCAUGGGACGAGACACCAAAUGGCUGACCUUGGAAGUGUGUCGCGAGUACCAGAGAGGCACCUGCUCACGGUCUGACACCGAUUGUAAGUUUGCACAUCCCUCCCGGAGCUGCCAUGUGGAGAACGGCCGAGUCAUCGCCUGCUUUGAUUCGCUCAAGGCCCGCUGCACACGAGAAAAUUGUAAAUACCUGCACCCACCUCCGCACCUGAAAACCCAGCUGGAGAUUAAUGGAAGAAACAACCUGAUCCAGCAGAAGGCCGCGGCGGCCAUGUUGGCUCAACAGAUGCAGUUCAUGCUGCCCGGAGCACAACUGCAGCCGAUUACAACCUUUCCAGUGACUCCAUCCCUGGCAUCGAGUCCCGGCAUGGCGUUCAGUCCAUAUCUGAGCCACAUGGGCCCAGCCGUUGGCCUGAUGCCGGAGCUGCUGCCCAGCACGCCCCUCCUCGUCCCCGGCAGUCCCACCGGCCUCACAGCGAUGGGCAACGGCACCUCGGCGCAGAAGCACACUCGCACAGACAAGCUGGAGGUUUGCAGAGAGUUCCAGCGCGGCAACUGCACACGGGGUGAGAGCGACUGCCGCUACGCUCACCCCCUGGAGGCCGGCAUGGUGGACUGCAGCGAGAACUCCGUCAUUGUGUGCAUGGACUACAUAAAGGGCCGCUGCAGCAGGGACAAGUGCAAGUACUUCCACCCGCCGGCUCACCUGCAGGCCAGGAUCAAGGCUUCGCAGCACCAAGCCGGUCAAAACACAGCGCCCACUCCCUUGGCUUUAGCUCCAGGCAGCAUGCAGUCGCUGCCAAAAAGGCAGAUUUUAGAGAAGAGCAACGGCGCUGCAGCUGCAGUCUUCAACCCUAGCAUGUUCCACUACCAGCAAGCCCUGGCUAACAUGCAGCUCCAGCAACCAGCCUUCAUCCCCACUGUAGACUCCUCCGAGCUUCUGACCCCUGACCCGGUGGAGCUGCAGAGUGUUCCCAUGGAAAACCAUUUCUGCCCGGUCCCCAAACUGCUGGUGGCGGCUCCAGUGGGAAUAAACUCAGUAAGCCUUUCACGAAACCCCAGUUAGAGUCCCUGAAAACCUGCAGCUCUGCAGCAAACAUGUGCCUCGCCCACAGUGCGCACCGACCGAGUGUCAGUGUGAAACUUCUUAUACAAUGUUUAUAAAAUAAAAUGUAAAAAAAAAAAAAAGCUGCAAUGGUUCACGCAAUACAAGCCAGAACUUAAAGCUGCUUCACUGCAGCCACAACGAUGCAUCCUGACGUGAUGAGCAAUAGAGCUCCCUCGUUCUGACAGCCAUACACACACCACACCUUAAACGUGUGCACAAACACGCACACACACACACAAACACGCACACACACACACACACACACACACACACACACACAUUCAAGACUAAAAGCCCUUUAUGGGUUGCAGCCAUUACCUGAGGCAGCCCAACACACCUGACUGAUCCAAAGUAAGAAAAGUUCAUUCUGGAUACUCAGAACAUUGGAGCUGCAAAUGGACCUGCUGCUGGUCUUCAACCAUGACUCGUUUUAAAAAUGAAAGAAUGUUUCAUAACAUGAACAUUUAUGUUUCAAGACGACUACAAAUCUAGUAUGUGUUGUACCAUGUGUUGUCUAUCAUUCAGUUUAUUCUCAUCCGAUGCCUGAUGAAACGUCAGAAAGAAGCUGUUAAUUUGUUUGUGCCUUUGAGUUUUUCCUGCUGAGCUGCAGAGAAGACCUGGUUUCUAAAAAGGACUAAAAACAAAAAACAAAACUAAACAGCAACGAUUAAAGAGAUGUCCACAUGUGAAAUUAAAGGCAAUACCAAUUUGAAGUUUGCUGCAUAUCAGCGAGUGGCUGCUAACAAAGGACGAUUGUAUGAACAAUGAAGGUGUCAACAGUUGAAUUUGCAGGAUUUAAAAGUUUUUGCCUGAUUUUAAACAUUAUUUUGAUCAUUAAAGCAGCAAACGAGGAAUCAUUAAACAUGUAAAAUAAGGUUGUACUCAGUAUAACUUAAAUAGGCAUAUAGGAUGUUUUAGACCUCCUUCACACCAGAUUAAGACCAGCCUACAGUAAACCAUUUGGGACUAAAUUUAAUCUAGGGCCGUUUUUGGGGUCAUAAAGUAAUUUGAGGGUCUUUCCUGUUACAGGCAUUUCAAUACAGAUUUGGUGUAAUCUGGGAGAAAAGACAGAGUUUAAUUAUCUGACCUUUAAUUCAAUCAAAGAUAAUUAUGCCAUUACUAUUUACGGACAAACCGAUCUCUAACAGAAAGCAAAAAUGUAACUUUUAGCAUUUAUUUGUGACUAUAACACAGCAAUUAAACAAUGAUUAAUUUUGCAAAGUUCUUUAACUCUUACAUUUAAAUAUAUAAAUUAAUUUAUCCUGACACCAAAUUAAAGGAUGAAAAAACCUUACUCAUAAAAUAUGAAAAACACAUAUUUUGCCAGUUUGCAGAAUCCCCCUCUAUUUUUUAAAAGGUGCCACAUUUGUAAGGAAAUGCCUUUGUAGGUUGAGAAGAAAUGCUGAGCAUCAAAAACCUUUUUUUUUUUCAUACAAGACAAUUUGAAGGAUAAUCAGGCUUUCCAACACCAUAAGACUGAUUGCUAAUAGAGGCAUUUUCAAAUUUUGAGUAAAAUGUUUAGUUUUUUAUUUGUUAUUUGUUUUUUAUUUGUCUGGAGAAACUUUUACCAACUGGAAAUGCAAGUUUAUAUUUAAAAUGGUUGCCAUAUUUAUCCUACUUUAAACGAAUAGAUCCAACCAAGUCUGCUUUUGAGGAAAAGGUGCUUACUAUAAAAUUAAAAUGAAAGCAAAAACAUUAUUAAUAAACAACUAAUACUUUGCGAUAUACCUAACAUUUACUAUUUUAUAAAAAUUACAGUUUGUUAGCUAAAAUCUCAUCCAAAAUGCUAAAAUGUGUCCAUCGAUAUUGACAAUGGCGCCACCAUACCGCUGAUGAUUUUAACCAACUUGUUCUUAAUUAUAUCCUCCUUAUCAAUCCCACAAAAGUUCAUGUCCGAUCUAGUCCAGUGUGAAGAGGGGAUUCGGACUGUGGUCUUGAAAAACAAACCGCCUUACAUAAUUCUUGCCGGAUCUAUUCUGUUUGUGAGGUUUUAUGAUGCAACAACUUAAAAGAAAGGGUUAGUUUGUUUUCAUUCUUUUGUUUUUUGAUUUAAAGAACUCAUAAUUGUUUCUGUCUUCUACAUAAAUCUUACAAUUAGUCGAUUAUAAUCCUGAGUCAUCUCAAACAUUGCAAACUGUUAACCUUUUCUUCCCAUCUGAUGUCAGCCAUUGCACAAGGCAGAAGCUGGAUCUGUUUCCUGAUGUUGUGCCUAAAGUCUGAAUAUGCAAGAAGUUGCCCAUUUAUCGCAAUACCCAAGUUGAUUCCUCCAAAUAAUGUGCAAAUGUUGAACGCAGAGAUCCAUCUUAAAAAAUAAAUUUCUAUGUGGUAUUAUUAGUUUCAUGCUGCUUUUUAAGUAAAUAAGUGGCACAAGAUUUAUUGUUUAAAGGCACUUCAGGGAGAAAUCUUAGAACUUGAAAAUGUCGUGUCCGACUUUAUAUCAUCACCUUUUCUACUGCUGUGUCCUUUCUGUCAGAAGUUGUCAGAGUUGAAUGAUUACAAGAGGUCGAAAAUGGAAGAAAUAAAUCAGACAUUAGAGGUAAAAAAAAAUACAAAUACACCUGUUAUUUUCGCUGAAAUGAACUGCUUUCUUUGUGUGUGAGACUGAACUUAGAAUAGUGGGCAGAAAGCAUUUUCAUUCAAGUUCAAAUGUGCCUCUUUCAAGUCUCCUUAAACCAUCACUGUCGAAACACUGUAAGAACUAUGAGUGCUCAAAGAUGCAUCACUCAUUUAGUACGUUGUUAACGUUGCGCGAAACCACGUCUAGUUUCUUCUCAGAGACAGCUGUGCUGUCUUGUCAGUGUAAUAAAUACAUAAACCAGUGAGGUUAGUGGUGGGGGGUAAAAUGUGAGAAAAUGAAUUUCACACAGAUUUAGUUGGUUUUAAGUGCUGCAGAUGUUCCAGCAUUUCCAUUUUAGAAUAAUGUUGAUGUGUUGUGAAUGUACCUAAUGCAAAAACUAUACAUGUGCCCCCCUGAACGACAGGCAUGCUGAAAUGUUACUAUCACCAUAUAUAAACUAUUUCAGAGGUACCAUGAUGAUACUGUGUUAAGAUGUAUAGAAAUGUAUGUAUUGUUAUAUAGAUUUAUAUUUAAUGUUAUUACGUGGUGUGGCUACAAACAGAAAUAUUUUUCACCUUUUAGAAAAUUUAGAUCAGAGUUGUGCUGUUUGAGGUGCAAACGCAGCAGAAAAUAAUUUCUUUAGAGAACACUAAUUAUAAAGACGUAAACAGGUUAUUUAUCUGUAAGAAACUUUUUUUGAAACAUGUCCAAAGUUUAUUCCUGUCAACUCACACGACUCUCUUUGAACUUUGCUUUGCAGGUCAAACUUUAAUUAAAUGUUUAUUGCCAAAACUAACACUAAAUUUAAACGUAAAAUGUGAAGCCCAAAAACUCAGAUGCAUCUAUACAAAAUAAUGUAUAGGUCUAAAACUUAAUUUCAAGCACGUCUUCUUUAUUUAAUGGAGCUUGUUUUUUCUAUCUGUUUUUAAUGAGGGAAAGGUGCACUAAAAACAAAUCUGCAUAUUUGAUAGAGAAAGAGAAAGUCAGUGUGCCACACUUUUUUCUAAUAUAAAAUUCAGCUCAUCCCUCUGCAGCUUUCACAUUCAUUAUUUUUUUCUUUUUUAUUCUUCCUUUUCUUCCUUUUCCUUUUCACAAUAAUUGACAUCUGUGUUAAAAGAUGUCACAAUUUUCAACCGGAAACUUUAGAAAAAUUAUUCCUUUAAUUUAAGCGCUUUUAUUUUUUAACAGUCACAAUUGUUUUUAUCUUUAUGAUUUUCUAUGAAAUAAUUAUAAUUUAAUAUUUAUAUCUUCUUAAGACAAUUAAAAAUAUAUAUUUUCCUGGUGUUAAAAUGACAACCGUCACUUUUAGCCACGUUUAACAUGGGAAAGACAAGAGAACAUGCCACUCAAGGAAGUUGUUGAGUAUUGGAAGAAGACAGGAAUGGCUACAAGAAAGUGGCUUUUCUCCUAAAUUAGGUCAUAUUUACUCUCAGAAAAAUGGUUAAAAGUUGGAAACACUUGGAUUGGAGACAAACAAGUCAGAAAGCAGGACAGUCAAGGAGAUAAGAAAAUCCCCAAAGCUCACAGUUUGAGGAAAUCAGUCAAUUUUGGCUUCACAAAGUCUCCAAAACGAGGAUUCACUUCAAGGAUUUUGUGCCAAUCAUUGUGGCUGAUGCUGCACAGCGAAUCAAACUUUAUAAGCCUGUUACUUCAAAAUGAGCAGCUUAAUCUUUUCAUAGAUCAUUCUGAAGUAAACAAAAACAGCUGAGAAAAACUGAUUUUCAUGCCAAAAAAGUAAAAAUACUCACUCCUCUUGCUAACCUAACUUCAGACUACCUUCACUGACUUCAGUCUCUUGGGGUCUUGCUGUAUUUCUUUCCAAUGAUUCAUCUUGAAUGACAAAACAUCAAAUAAAAUAUUAAAUAAAGACUGCUUGAAUUUACUACUUGGUGGUCUACUUUUCUGACCACCAUUUGAAACUGUGGCACGUUUAAAUAAAUGUCACACCUUAUAUUUUAAAAACUAAUUCACACCAAACUGCAAAAUAAUAUAAAUGAAAAAUCAAUGGCAAGAAAAUGACAACAUGGCUACCUUCCUAUUAUCAUAUCAUUUUAUAAACUUAAUUACCUGUUUUGUUUGAGAAAAGGAAUGUCUAAUUAGCUUCUAUUGUGCUUGUAUAUUUUAUAUAGACAGAUUAAAUCCUUGUGAUUUCCAAAGUCAGGUCAGGUUUUAUUUUGUUUGCUUUUGUUGACCAUAAAUGUUUGUCUUCUUGUACAUUAUGGUUUUUUCUGAAACAAGAAAGGACUUUUAAAGCAAACAUGUUUCUGUCAGCAAGGUAAAGAGGCUUUUUGGACACAGUGUAAAGUCAAACUAAUUCACAUCCUGCAAACCAAACAAUCUGUUGCUGCAGAGCUUUUUGUUGGCUAGUUGUGUUUCAGUUUGGACCAAAAAUAGUCCAGAAGUCUCUUGAUGUCCAGCUGUGCUGGGUGAUGUCAGUCCUGACUACAUGUACAAGAAUGUGUAAUGUUCACCUCGUUUGCACUUAUGUACAUAAAUACUCCAAAUUUAUUUUGAAUAUUACAGAUAAAAGAGAUGAUUAAAAAUAACCAAUCAGCGUAUUGUUAGCGGUGUGUCUAUUGUUUUAUUACAGUGUGAAAACAGUUGAGGUAUCUGUCCUUUUGUUUGUGUGUUGGUGAUGACACGCAUUAAACUGUGUCAACUGUAAACUGUGGUUGGUUUACUCUGGAGAAAUAUUUCUUUCAUUAUUCUCUGACAUUGAAAAGAACAGGUGGAUUACCACUAAGUCUGCAAUAACUUUAGGAGAUCAGUGCCAUCUUUGCCCUUAAAUCCAUGUCAUUAUUUACAACAUGUAGGAAAAUCACCUCCUGAAGCUGAAAAUAGCCAGAAGGAAAGAAAAAAAUAGGAUGAGGAGAAAGAAAUUAAGAGGAGAGUGCGUGCCGGAUAUUCUUACAGGGUUUAAAUUUGAAAUUCUGAUUUUACUUCUGCAGAAGCAUUCUCACACAGACAUGAUUUUAUCAGAAACUGACACGCCAAGCGAUUGCAUUGCUAUCGGAGCGAGUGAUUUUGUUGCCUGUUGUGGAUUGAUUGAGUCAUGCAGCUGAAUUGGUUCACAGCUCUGCGACUGCUGAGUGUUGAAAUGGAUCUCUGAUCAAAGCAAACUCCCUAAAGCUUCAGUGGUUCUUUUCAUACUCUCAGCCUCUCCACACUGGGACUUUUUUUUUGUUAUUUUUACCACUUACAGGUGAAUAAUUUCUCAAGUUUAUGUAUUGUCUGUUUGCUGUUAUUGUGCCUUCAUAGUACAAAGUGUAUUUUUUUUGUUAAAUUCACAAACAACGGUCAACUGAAUGUGUAUGGGUAUUUUUUUCAAGUCUUUUGUCUGUGCAUUAUUGCGUUUUGGUAUAAGUUGAGUUCAAAAAUCACAGACUGAAUGUCGGCCUGUAGAAGACGAAGAAGGCCUAAAGCUGUUGAGGACUAAGCCAUAAGAAAAUCUUUCCCGGACGCUUUAGGACAGACUGACUGCUGUUUCUAACUCAUCUAUUGUUUCAUUCGGCUUUCUGCUUGUGGUGCUUGUAUGUGCUGCUGUGCUCCACGCAAAUUUACUUUGCACUGUAUAGGUAUUGAGAGUUAAUGUGCCUAUAAUCAAUUCUGCUGUUUCUGUUUGACCUUAAAUAAAACACAUCAUGGUAA